AUGGCUGGAAGACUGGUGAGACCAUCCUCAACACUACUAAAAACCUUCCAAUCCUGGAAAGGAGGUUCAAUUCGCGUGGAAAAAAAUGACAAAUUGAAAGGUAGACUUGAUGUUGUCCUAGACCGUCCAGAAAAAAACAACUGUCUAUCCGGAGAAAUGAUGAGAGAGUUUGGAGAACAAAUAGAGAAGAUUUCAAGCGACGAGAAUUCAGUUAUUGUUGUUUAUGGAAUUGGAAAGUCAUUCUGCUCGGGUGCUGACUUGGGGCUGAUAAAGGAUAUUUCUGACCAAAAUUUGGGAGUUCAAAUGUUUGAAUACAUGUCAACAAUUCUCAGUCUUCUCAAUUCAUCCCCAGCCAUUUCGAUUGCCAAAAUUCAUGGUCACGCGCUCGGAGGAGCCACAGAAAUAUGCUCGGCAACAGACAUUCGCAUAGCCCAUUCUGACGCCAGAAUUGCAUUUUUUCAAUCAAAAAUGGGAAUCGUUCCUUCCUGGGGUGGCGCUGAGUAUUUGGAAAAGAUAAUGGGAAGAGGUCGAGCUCUUGCUGCUAUGGGACGAGCCAAUGUGAUGUCUGCAGAUGAAGCAAAACAACUGGGUUAUGUUGAUUUUGUAUACGAAACAGAAGAGGAAGCAGAGAGUUUCAUCAGCCAAGUAGCAAGGGGUGGAAAUGUGGUGACCAGAGCUCAAAAAGCAAUGCUGAUUGCAGUCAAGAAAGGAUCACAGGAAGAACAAAAGAAGAUAUUAGAAGACGUUUGGAAUGGAGAAACUCAUCGUAAUGCAUUGAAGAAACAACUGGAAGCAGUCGUCAAGAAAUGA